UAAUUUGUACAUUGACACAAAGAAGCCUGAGUAAGUGGUGCUGUUUCAUGUUUCAUAUCUUGUUAGUUCCAUAUCAUCUUCUAGACCAACACUGAGUGUACAACUUAUGAAGAUAGGCAAGAGUGGUGCUAUUCAAGAAUCUUCCCCUUCAUGCAAAUAUUGGAAAAAUUAUGAAUAUCAGAAGAGUAGUGAAAUUUAACAGAAGUAAAUAAUUAACUAGUUGACAGAUUCAAUGAUGCAGCAUCUUUCUUAAGGAAAGGAAUUUAUUCAGGUCGCAUUGUAUUAGAGACGAUACAAUAAAAAUAUUGCUAUGGCAGAAGAUACAAAAUCAGAUAAGGGACAAGUUGCAGAGGAUGAAGACGAUCCACGCCUGGAAUUCAUGUUCAGCUAUUUACAAUUGUCUAUGCACCUUAAGCCUGAUAAAUGGGCUAAACUGCUAGGAAACAGAGAAUUAGCUAAAUAUAUAUUUGACUUUUUGCAAAAUCCAGAUAUCUGGUUGCUUGUGCUGACGAGAAGCAGUUCUGGACUAAUACAACCCAUGCACAACUUUUCGUCUGCUUCCAUCCAGUCAAAGUCAUGCUAUUUCAUAAGGAAAGCUGAAGAACCAAUCACCAAAGACAAUUUUCGUAAUAUCUUGACAUUUGGAGAUAUUGCUGCUAAGCCUGUUGAUCAGUUGGCUGUAUUGGUGCAAGAGGUAUUUGUGCCACUGUUGUCCAAUCCAGAGAAUCAACAUAACUGGCCAAAAGUUGUGACAGAUGAUGUCAUGAAACACGUAUAUGAACUGAAAAACAUUGUAUAUGAAGUUUGUGGCAAGAUAAAUGGACAAACUCUACUUCCAAUGCCUCUUGGUGUAGAAAGAGUGCAUGAGGUUGAGCAAACUAUUGUAGAAAGUAAGGGUGCAACUGUAGACCUGCAUCUUAAAAGUGCUAUUGAAGGAGUUAUCAUCAAGUGGGCAACGCAGAUUGAUGAAGUUCUUAAGGAGGACUCAUCUAGCGCAUUUGUCAGAGAAGCAAACCCAACUCCAAGAUUUGAAAUUGACUUUUGGAACAAUCGUCUCAAAAACCUGGAAUGUAUCUAUGACCAGCUUUGUGAUCUGAGGGUUAAGAGGAUGGCCUCCAUUUUAAAACUGACAGACAGUGUCUACUUCUCUUGCUUUAAGUUACAGUUCCAUAACAUUGUGGCAGCUGUAACAGAAGCACGUGAUAUCACUUUAUACCUGAAGCCUCUUGUAAAACACUUUGAAGUUCUGGAGAACACAGACUUCAGAAAUGUGCAGCCACUGUUGCGUCCAUUGAUUCAUUGUGUGGCUCUUGUGUGGGCCAAUAGUCGCUAUUACCGCACUUCUGCUAAGAUCAUUACACUUGUGAGAGAGAUUGCAAAUCUACUCAUUCAAGAGGCUACCAAAUUUCUGGACCCAGGGUCUCUUUUCCAAGGAGAAGUGGAUGAAACUCGAGAGCAUGUUGAAAAUUGUAUUACAGAACUGAUGUCUUUCAGGACAAUCUUUGAGGAAUAUCGAGCCAACUUACACAUAUUCUUUCCAAAAGGUGUGGAACCUGUGCUGUGGACAUUUCACCCAAGAGUGGUGUUUGAGCGAAUGAUCCAGUAUGUUGAAAGGCUCAAAAUUAUAGAGAAUUUCUUUGCUACAUCAAUGGAAUUUCUUAAAUUGGAGAAAGUUGAAAUUGGUGGGUUGAAAGGACGAUUACUGAGUACGAAGGUUGCUGGAGUGUUCAGUCAGUUCUAUGAAGCAUUUACAGUAUUUGGAGGCAUUACAUAUGAUCCUCUUGACCCAGAAGAUGAGAGUUUUGUGUAUGAUUAUACUGUGUUUAUGGAGAAGAUAGAUGAUAUGGAUCACAAACUUGCAGCUAUCUUCUGCCAGGCAUUUGAUGAUUGCUUCAAUUUAGAGAGUAUAUACAAAUUGAUUUAUGUUGGAAGUUCACUGUUGGAACGACCUAUCAUAAAAGCGCAAGUUACUCCAAAAUAUAGGGUUCUCAUCACAAUGCUGGGUGAGGAACUGGAUGUGAUCAAGAACACACUUGAUGAACAAGUGGAAUUUUACAGUGAGAAAGGUUACAUGAUUAUUGAUAAGUACUUCCCUCCAACGGCUGGCGCACUGCUUUACAUCAACAAACUGAGGCAGAGGAUUAUGAUUCCUACUGAAAUUGUUAAGGAGCUAGAACUUGACAUUAUACAGAGUCCAGACUUCCAACAUCUACUGGAAAAGUAUAAUGAGAUUAGAGGCUAUUUGGAUGAACUGGAAUAUAAAAUUUUCUCUAAAUGGGCAGCACAAGUUCCAGAACAGUGUUCCAUAAAUCUGGAAAAGCCUCUUAUAUUACAAGCAGAAGAAACUCUGGGACUGAGCCUCAACUUUGAUGACAAUCUUGUGGCAAUUUUACGAGAGGUCCGAUACUUGAAGAUGAUGGACAAGGAAGGAAUCCCCAGUGAUGCUCUGACACUGUUUGAUCAUGUUGAAACCCUUCACCAAUGGAUUAGCAAUUUGAACCUUGCUAUCAAGUGGUACAACAGUAUCCGUCAAAACAGUUUGCCUGUGGAGUAUGCACUUAUUGUACAUGAAAUUGAACAAAUUGACAGUCUCAUCAUUGAAGUUAUUGAGAACCUCAACUGGAACUCAGAAAAUGUGUGGUCAUAUGUGCAGAAAAUUCGAAUUAUAAUAGAGGACCUAUAUAACAGAGUAUCAAAGGCUCACCAGAAUGUGAACAGAAUUUGUAGUCUGAUUAAUACAUGGAGCCUUGCACCUCUCUUUGAACGUAAGGACAGCAAGAAGGACAGCUUGAUAUAUUUAGAUGACCAUGAUGAACGUGUCCUUCGAAGAUACAAGGAAAUAAGAAAUGUAGGUAAACAGAUCCAUCAGCUGAUGAAUGAGAAUUAUAGAUUGUUCUUUAACAUUAAAUCACGUGAGAUAGAGCUGGAGGAAGAAGUUCAUGAUGAGAAAAAAAUAUUUGAAGGAGAGAAAAAUGAAUUUGAAUUGCAUGAGAAGGAGCCAUUGGGAGAAACUGAAACUGAUGACGAAAAGAUAGAAGUAGAAAAUAUGCCAUCUAUAGACAAGACAGAAAAACACAUUGGUGCUGAAAGUGAAUUAGUUACAGAAAUUCUAUUGGAAUCUCACAGUGCUCCUUUCACUGUUCCUGUUACUUCAACAAGUCAUGCAUCUAUUCCAAGAAUUGCUCAACACAUGUUUCAAAUUGAAGCCAGACCUGAUGAUGAAGCAGAAUCAGGACUUGCUUUGUUUCUUCAGUCAUUAAGACAAACUGGAGAAACAAAGGGCGGGGGUAAGGUGGAAAUCAAAUUUGGUGAUGAAAUUCAAUCAGUGUACCCACAAUUGAAUCCAGAAAUGAUAAUUAAAUGGAAAAAUUAUGAGGAGUAUGUAGAUGAUAUUGUGUCUAAUGGGCUCUUCAAUGCAAUUGCAUGCAGCUUAUCUGUGUUCAUGGAUGAAAUGGAACCAGGACAUGCAAGCUCUCCACUAUUUGAGGUGGCACUACAACUGCAAGAACCAGAUAUUUUAUUUGUGCCAUCUAUGAAUAUUUUUGAUUCAAAAGGUUUCUAUCAACUAGUAGACAGCCUCCUUACUGACAUCAUGCAGAUGUCAGUUCUUGUUCAGCGGGUUGCAAGACACUUCUCACAGGCAAAUUAUGAGAAGGAUAUGAAGAAUAAUAGUGACCUCAGGGAUAUGAUAACCGAGAUUUUGAGUUGCAUCCGCCAAACAAUGACUUCGGCAGUGGAUUACAGCAAAAUCUUUGACCAACAUUCAUAUCUGUGGCUCGAAGAUAAUACUGUCUUCUUGAAGCAGUUCUUGCUAUAUGGCCACAAGCUAACCCCUCAGGAACUAGAGAUUAUGAAAGCUGCCACAGCAAAUAAAGAAUUGCCUGGACUGAAGGAUACUCCACCAACCACAAAACAGUUCAAAGAACAGAUUGACCAUUAUGACAGUCUGUAUGCAGAGCUUGAGAAAAUGGAAAAUGAAAAAGUGUUUGACACCUGGUUCAAAGUUAAUGUCCGUCCAUUCAAACAAGCUCUACUUAACACUGUCUGCAAAUGGGGGAACCUCUUUAAAAAGCAUCUUGUAAAUCAUGUUAUUAACAGUCUUCAAGAACUGGAGGAUUUCAUCACAGAAGCAGACAAGAGUUUGUUGACACCAGUACAAGAAGGUGACUAUAGAGGCUUACUCAGAGUAAUGGGAUUUUUGUAUCAUGUCCGUGAACGUCAGGUCACUACUGAUGAAAUGUUUGAGCUAGUCAAAGAGAUAAUGGACAUGGUGAAAGCAUAUGAUGUUGAAUUCUCAGAGGAAAUUUAUUUGAAGUUGGAGGAGUUACCUGAGAAAUGGACAAAAACAAAGAAAAUUGCUGUCACUGUCAAGCAGAAUGUUGCACCACUUAUGGCUGCAGAAGCAACGCUCAUCCGCAAGAGGAUCACAUUCUUUGAAUUUCGUCAGACACAGUACCGUGAGACAUUCCGCAAGUCACCUCUAUUUAAGUUUGAUUGCCCAGGUGCAUAUGAAACAUUGGAUGAAACUAAUAAUGCCAUCAUAGCCCUAGAAGCAGAAAUGACAACGCUUGCUGAACAAGCAUCACUGUUUGAUGUAAAUAUUCCUGACUUCAAACAGCUCAAGAUGUGUUACAAGGAAAUUAAAAUGCUUAAGACUUUGUGGGACAGCGUACAUGUUGUGCAGUCCUGUGUCAAUCAAUGGAAGAAAACACCUUGGAAGAAAAUUGAUGUUGAAAAUAUGGAUGUAGAAUGCAAGAAAUUCAGCAAAGAGAUCCGAGUUUUGGAUAAAGACAUGCGAGGAUGGGACACUUACAUCAAGGUAGAAGCCAUGAUCAAGAACCUCCUAACUUCCUUACGUGCUGUCACAGAACUGCAGAACCCAGCCAUUCAGGAGCGCCACUGGCAACAACUUAUGGCUGCCACCAAGUGUGUAGAACGUCUUGGACCAAAAUACACUGUUAAAUUUGUAAUGGAUAAUAAAACCACACUAGCUGAUCUGCUAGCACUGAACCUACAUGAAUAUGAAGAGGAAGUUAAGAAUAUUGUAGACCAGGGAGUGAAAGAGAUGUCUAUGGAGAAAGUCCUGAAAGAACUUAAUGGUACCUGGUCUGGCAUGGAGUUUGAGAAAGAGAUUCAUCCUCAAACCAACUGCACAGUGAUUCGAGCAAGUGAGGAGUUGAUCGAGACACUGGAAGAGAACCAGGUAGCUCUUCAGAAUCUGAUGAGCUCCAAGUAUAUUGGUUAUUUUCUGGAAGAAGUGUCAGAUUGGCAAAGGAAACUUUCCAAUGCAGAUCAAGUUAUUCAAGUCUGGUUUGAGGUUCAGAGGACAUGGAUGCAUCUUGAAUCCAUUUUUAUUGGAUCAGAAGAUAUUCGUAAACAACUACCAGAAGAUUCUAAACGAUUUGAUCAGGUUGACGGACAGUUUCGGGUCCUGCUGCAAGAUAUGGUGAAAACAGUAAAUGUGGUGCAAGCAACAAACAAACCUGGCCUCUUUGAGAAGUUGGAGGUACUACAGAAGGACCUUACAGUUUGUGAAAAGGCUCUAGCUGAGUAUCUGGAAACUAAGCGAUUGGCAUAUCCACGCUUCUACUUUAUCUCAUCAGCAGAUCUACUUGAUAUACUAUCCAAUGGCAAUCAACCAGAGUUAGUUACCAGGCAUCUCACCAAACUCUUUGACUCAAUUUCACAACUUAAGUUUGAGCAGUCAGGAGGAAAGAACACCACAAAUGCAAUUGCCAUGUGGGCAAAGGAUGGAGAGUUUGUGAACUUCAGUGGAGCAUGUGACUGUUCAGGCAAGGUGGAAGUUUGGUUGAAUCGAUUAACUGACACAAUGAGACGCACAGUGCAAUACUACUUUGGUGAAGCAGUGGUUUCCUAUGAAGAUAAUCCUCGUGAGAAAUGGAUUUUUGAUUAUCCUGCACAGGUUUCCUUAUGUGGUACACAAAUAUGGUGGACUACAGAAGUUAAUAUUGCUUUCGCUCGUCUAGAUGAGGGUUAUGAGAAUGCAAUCAAAGAUUACAACAAGAAGCAGAUAACUCAGUUGAACACACUCAUCUCACUCCUGCUUGGUGACUUGACAAAUGGAGACAGACGUAAGAUAAUGACCAUCUGUACCAUUGAUGUGCACUCACGAGAUGUUGUGACCAAGUUGAUUGCGACAAAAGUGGAAAAUGCUUCAGCUUUUCAGUGGCAGUCACAGCUACGACAUAGAUGGGAUGAGAAGAUGAAAGACUGUUUCUGCAACAUUUGUGAUGCUGAGUUUCGUUAUGCUCAUGAAUAUCUGGGCAACACAACUCGUCUUGUCAUUACUCCACUCACUGAUCGUUGUUAUAUAACCUUGACACAGUCACUGCAUUUAAUUAUGGGUGGAGCUCCAGCUGGUCCUGCAGGUACAGGUAAAACAGAGACAACCAAGGACUUGGGAAGAGCUAUGGGUAUAAUGGUGUAUGUGUUCAACUGUUCAGAGCAGAUGGAUUACAAGUCCUGUGGCAACAUCUAUAAGGGCUUAGCGCAGACUGGAGCAUGGGGAUGUUUUGAUGAGUUCAACCGCAUCUCAAUAGAAGUGUUAUCUGUGGUGUCUGUGCAAGUGAAAACAGUACUGGAUGCAAUCAAGAACAAGAAAGCUAAGUUUAACUUCUUUGGUGACAUAAUUUCUCUUGUUCCAACUGUUGGAAUUUUCAUCACCAUGAAUCCUGGCUAUGCUGGUCGAGCAGAGCUGCCAGAAAAUCUGAAGGCUCUCUUCAGGCCAUGUGCUAUGGUGGUACCAGAUAGUGAGCUGAUAUGUGAAAUCAAUUUGGUGGCAGAAGGUUUCCAGGAAGCUCGUCUUCUUGCCCGCAAAUUCAUCACAUUGUACACACUGUGUCAAGAACUUCUGUCAAAACAGGAUCACUAUGACUGGGGACUCAGAGCAAUCAAGUCUGUCCUUGUGGUGGCAGGGUCAUUAAAACGUGGAGAUCGUGGACGACCUGAAGAUCAGGUGCUCAUGCGGGCAUUACGUGAUUUCAAUAUCCCCAAGAUUGUGACAGAUGAUGUUCCUGUAUUUAUGGGACUAAUUGGAGACUUGUUCCCUGCUCUUGAUGUCCCACGUAAGAGAGACCUCGAUUUUGAGAAGAUGGUCAGGCAGGCAGCUAUUGAUUUGAAACUGCAGCCAGAGGACAACUUCAUACUAAAGAUUGUGCAGCUUGAGGAAUUGUUAGAAGUUAGACACUCUGUCUUCAUUGUUGGAAAUGCAGGGACAGGUAAGACAAUGGUGUGGCGUACCCUGUUUAAAACAUACCAGAACCAGAGGAGGAAACCUGUGUAUAAUGACCUUAAUCCUAAAGCAGUCACCAACAAUGAGCUGUUUGGAAUCAUCAACCCAAUUACACGGGAAUGGAAGGAUGGUCUAAUACCUGCACUGUUUCGAGAUCAAGCUAAUAUGUCAGGUGAUGGACCAAAAUGGAUUUUAUUAGAUGGAGAUAUUGACCCUAUGUGGAUUGAGUCUCUCAACACAGUGAUGGAUGAUAAUAAGGUGUUGACACUAGCAAGUAAUGAACGCAUUGCUCUGACAAAGAUGAUGCGUCUCAUAUUUGAAAUUGCCUCACUGCGAACUGCAACCCCUGCCACUGUGUCACGAGCUGGUAUCCUCUACAUUAACCCUCAGGAUUUGGGUUGGAGCCCUUUUGUAGCCAGUUGGAUUGAUCAGCGUGAACAGCAAUCUGAGAAAGGAAAUCUUACCAUCCUGUUUGACAAAUAUGUGCCCCCAUGCCUGGAAGUUUGUCGUUCACGAUUCAAGAAAAUUACACCCAUUGCUGAAAUCUCCCACAUUCACAUGUUGUGCCAUUUACUGGAUUGCCUUCUCACACCUUCCAACACUCCAGUUGACUGUCCUAAGGAAUGGUAUGAAAUAUAUUUUGUGUUUGCCUCUGUGUGGGCAUUUGGAGCUGCCACGUUUCAAGACCAGCUGAUGGACUACCAGAUGGAAUUUUCCAAAUGGUGGACAAAUGAAUUUAAGACAGUGAAAUAUCCAGCACAAGGCACUGUGUUUAACUAUUACAUAGAUAACAAAACAAAAUGUUUCCUGCCAUGGAAUGACAUGGUAAAGCCCUAUGAGUUGGACUAUGAAAUUCCACUUCAGACUACUCUAGUGCCCACAUCAGAUACAACGUGUAUUCGCUAUUUCGUGAACCUACUGAUGGCAAAGAAACUUCCUGUGAUGUUGGUUGGACCAGCAGGCUCUGGGAAGAGUGUGAUUGUUGCUGAGAAGCUACUUUCUCUACCCGAUUCAUAUGCAGUAACCAAUGUUCCAUUCAAUUUUUACACCACUUCAGAAAUGUUACAGAAAGUACUUGAGAAGCCUUUGGAGAAGAAGGCAGGCAGGAACUAUGGGCCACCAGGCAACAAAACAAUGGUUUACUUCAUAGAUGAUAUGAAUAUGCCUGAGGUUGACACAUAUGGGACCGUGCAGCCACAUACAUUAAUUAGGCAGUUCCUGGAUUAUGGUCACUGGUAUGACCGCGCUAAACUGCAACUGAAGGAUAUUCAUAACUGCCAGUAUGUAUCUUGUAUGAACCCAACUGCUGGUAGCUUUACCAUCAACCCUCGGUUGCAGCGGCACUUCUGCGUGUUUGCAGUUAAUUUUCCAACAGGUGAACCACUGACAAGGAUAUACACAGAGAUGCUGGUUCAGCAUCUUUCAAACCCACAUCUUAAGUUUCCACCCAAUGUAGGACGAGCAUCAUCUUUACUGGUCACUGCAGCACUGUCUCUACAUCAAAGGAUGUCACAGCUGUUCUUGCCAACUGCACGAAAAUUCCACUACAUUUUCAACUUGAGAGAUUUGUCCAAUAUAUUCCAGGGAAUGCUCCACAGUAUUUCUGAGAGCAUAUCAAAUCAGACAGAGCUGAUACGACUGUGGAUGCACGAAGCCAACAGAGUAUAUGGAGAUAAACUAGUUGAUCAAAAUGACAUUGACAGCUUUGGAAAGAUAGUCAUUGAAACCAUUAAAAAAGCAGGGUUUGAAGAUUUGGAUGAAGGAAAGCUCUUUUCAAAGCCACUCAUAUACUGUCAUUUUGCAGAGGGAAUUGGCGAAUCCAAGUACAUGCCCAUCAAAACAUGGGAACAUCUGAACAAACUCUUACAAGAAGCUCUCUCUCAGUACAAUGAUCUUGUGGCAGCAAUGAAUCUGGUGUUGUUUGAGGAUGCAAUGCAUCAUGUGUGCCGUAUCAGUCGCAUAUUGGAAGGGCCACGGGGUAAUGCACUUUUGGUUGGAGUAGGAGGUUCUGGAAAGCAGUCUUUGUCCAGGCUGUCAGCUUUCAUCUCAUCACUUGAAGUGUUUCAGAUUCAGCUGAGGAAAGGAUAUUCCUUACAGGAUAUGAAAACUGAUUUAUCUGGAUUAUAUACUAAAGCUGGCCUGAAGAGUGUUGGGAUUGUUUUCUUAAUGACAGAUGCACAAGUAGCAGAAGAACGUUUCCUUGUUCUGAUCAAUGAUAUGUUGGCAUCUGGUGAGAUUCCUGACCUGUUUACUGAUGAUGAAGUGGAAAAUAUAGUUGGGACUCUGCGAAAUGAAGUAAAAAGCAAUGGUUUACAAGAUUCAAAAGAGAACUGUUGGCGAUUUUUCAUUGAUAGAGUACGUCGUCAAAUGAAGGUAGUUCUGUGCUUCUCUCCAGUUGGGUCAACACUCCGAGUGCGUUCCCGGAAGUUUCCAUCAAUCACAAAUUGCACUGCUAUUGACUGGUUCCAUGAGUGGCCUCAAGAAGCACUUGAAUCAGUGUCUGCCCAAUUUCUUCAAGAGGUUGAAGAUAUUCCUGAUGAACUUCAACAAUCUAUCUCACUCUUCAUGGCUUAUGUCCAUACAUCUGUCAAUGAUAUGUCACAUAAGUACCUGGAGAAUGAAAAGCGUUACAACUAUACCACACCAAAAACAUUCCUGGAGCAGAUAAGUCUGUAUGGGAAACUUGUUUCGGAAAAGACAAACGACCUGAAGGGUCGAAUCUUGCGACUAGUAAAUGGUUUAGAGAAGUUAAAAACAACAGCAGCACAAGUGGAUGAUUUGAAAUUGGUCCUUGCAAAACAAGAAAUUGAGUUAAAUGAGAAGAAUAUUGCUGCUGAUGAUCUAAUUCGAAUUGUUCGUAGUAAGACAAUGUAUGUAUCAGAGGAGAAAGCAAAUGCUGCAGAGGAGGAGAAGAAAGUACGAGAGAUUGAAAAAGAUGUUUCCAUCAAGCAAAAAAUGUGUGAGGAAGACUUGCGUAGAGCAGAACCAGCACUCACAGCAGCACAGGAGGCGCUCAAUACAUUAAACAAAACAAACCUGACAGAGCUGAAGUCAUUUGGAUCCCCACCACCUGCAGUGGUGAAUGUGACGGCUGCUGUGCUUGUCCUCUUGUCUAGUAAGGGGCGUAUUCCCAAGGAUCGUAGCUGGAAAGCAUGCAAAUUAAUAAUGGGAAAGGUUGAUGCCUUCCUAGAGAACCUCAUCCAUUAUGCUAAAGAAGAAAUUCAUCCUGAUGUGUACAAGGCUGUUCAGGAAUACAUGAAAGAUCCUGAGUUUAAACCAGAGAAGGUUUUGAGCAAAUCAUUUGCAGCAGCAGGAUUGUGUGCCUGGGUCAUCAACAUCAUAAAGUUUUAUGAUGUUUAUGUUGUGGUAGAACCGAAACGGCAAGCUUUGCUCCAGGCAAAUUCUGAGCUGUCUACUGCCCAGGAACGUUUAAAAGCUCUCAACAAUCAGAUUGCUUCCCUUGAAGAACAACUUGCUGUACUGACAGCUGAGUUCCAAGAAGCAUCAAAUGCCAAACUGAAGUGUCAGGCUGAAGCUGAUACUACUAAAAAGACCAUAGACGUGGCUAAUCGGCUGGUAAAUGGAUUGGCCUCUGAAAACAUUCGCUGGAGGGAUAGUGUAGCCAAUUACAGGAAGCAGUUAGUAACACUUCCUGGGGACAUUCUGAUGGUAACAGCAUUCAUCUCCUACAUGGGAUGUUUUACUCGUAUGUAUAGAAUUGACCUACUCAAGAAAUACUGGGAACCAUUUCUCAAGAAACUGGUCCCUGCCAUACCAGUCACCCCUGAUCUUGAUCCCAUGAAGCUGUUGACAGAUGAUGCACAAAUUGCACAGUGGAACAAUGAAGGACUUCCUAAUGACAGGAUGUCUUCUGAGAAUGCGACUGUGCUAACAAACUCAGAAAGAUGGCCACUGAUGAUUGAUCCACAGCUGCAAGGUAUCAAAUGGAUAAAAAAUAAAUAUGGCAGUGAACUCAAGGUUAUCAGACUUUCCCACAAACAUUAUCUGGAAGUCAUUGAGAAUGCUCUUUCUGAUGGUUCAACAGUUCUUCUGGAGAAUAUUGGUGAAACUGUGGAUGCCGUGCUAGAUCCCCUGCUUGGUCGUAACCUCAUCAAAAGGGGUCGAGCCAUCAAGAUUGGUGAUAAGGAGAUGAACUUCAAUCCAAAGUUUCGCCUGAUACUACAGACAAAACUAGCCAAUCCCCACUACAAGCCUGAGAUGCAGGCUCAGACAACUCUAAUCAACUUUACAGUCACACGAGAUGGUCUUGAAGAACAGCUCUUGGCAGAGGUGGUAAAGGCAGAGAGACCAGACCUUGAAAAACAAAGGUCAGAAUUAACAAAACAACAAAAUGACUUCAAGAUAACAUUGAAGGCCUUAGAAGAUGAUUUACUGACUAGAUUAGCUGCUGCUGGUGAAGAUAUUCUGAGUGAUACUGCAUUGGUGAUUAAUCUGGAGACCACCAAGAAAACAGCAGCUGAAAUUGAAAUCAAAGUAGAAGAAGCCAAAGUAACAUCCAAAAGGAUUGAUGAAGCUCGUGAACAGUAUCGUCCUGCUGCAACUAGAGCUUCUUUGUUAUACUUCAUCCUUAAUGACCUUCACAAAAUCAACCCCAUAUACCAGUUCUCACUGAAAGCUUUCAGCAUGGUUUUCCAGAAUGCCAUAGCAAGAGCAGUUAAGUCUGAUGACAUUGGAGAAUGUGUCACAAAUCUCCUGGAUUCAAUCUCAUACAUGGUUUUUAUGUAUACUUCAAGGGGACUCUUUGAAUGUGACAAGCUUAUCUUUCUGGCACAGAUGGCUUUCCAGGUAUUGUUGACAAGUAAAGAAAUUGAUGCCACUGAGCUGGAUUUUCUGUUGCGGUUCCCCAUCACUACAAACCUGAUUAGUCCUGUGGAUUUCCUCUCCAGUACAAGUUGGGGUGGGAUUAAGAGCCUGUCAUUAAUGAUCGAGUUCAAGAACCUGGACCGUGACAUUGAAGGUUCAGCUAAAAGAUGGAAGAAAUUUGUAGAUUCUGAAUAUCCAGAGAAGGAAAAGUUUCCUCAGGAAUGGAAGAACAAAUCAGCACUUCAGAAGUUGUGCAUGAUGCGUGCUCUUCGCCCAGAUCGUAUGACAUAUGCCAUUAAAGCAUUUGUAGAAGAGAAAUUAGGCACUAAGUUUACAGAAUCUAGAUCCAUGGAGUUCACGAGGUCAUUUGAGGAGACAAGUCCCACAAUACCUGUAUUCUUUAUUUUAUCACCAGGUGUAGAUCCACUUAAAGAUGUAGAAAAGCUAGGCAAAAAGUUGGGCUUCACAUUUGAUAAGCGAAACUUUCACAAUGUGUCCCUAGGACAGGGACAAGAAACAGUGGCAGAGCAUGCUAUGGAAGUAGCUUCCCUUCAUGGUCAUUGGGUCAUAUUGCAGAAUAUACACUUAGUUCAAGCAUGGCUUCCAAUACUUGAGAAGAAGAUGGAACAGUGUGAAGAAGGAGCACAUCCAAAUUAUCGACUAUUUAUGAGUGCAGAACCUGCUCCUGGCCCAGAGUUUCACAUUAUUCCUCAGGGUUUGCUUGAGUCAUCCAUCAAAAUCACGAAUGAACCACCUUCUGGUAUGCUGGCGAAUCUACACAAAGCUCUUGACAACUUCAACCAAGAAACACUGGAAAUGUGUACCAAAGAAGCGGAAUUUAAAUCAAUACUGUUUGUACUCUGCUACUUCCAUGCUGUUGUUAAUGAACGAAGAAAAUUUGGUGCCCAAGGCUGGAACAAGGUGUAUCCAUUCAAUGUCGGCGAUCUCACUAUUAGCAUAAGUGUCUUGUACAACUACUUGGAGAACAGCUCAAAAAUUCCUUGGGAAGAUUUGCGGUACCUUUUUGGUGAAAUUAUGUACGGAGGACACAUUACAGAUGCUUGGGACAGACGACUGUGCUGCACAUUCUUACAGGAAUGGUUGCAGGAUGAACUACUAGAUACUGAAUUAUUACUAGUAUCAGGAUUUCCCACUCCUACAAAUAUGGAUUAUGCAGGGUAUCACAGAUAUAUUGAUGAUAGCUUGCCAGAUGAGUCCCCCUGUCUAUAUGGUCUACAUCCAAACGCAGAAAUUGGUUUCCUCACCACAGCCUCAGAAAAUUUAUUCCGUACAGUGUUUGAGAUGCAACCACGGGACUCUGGAGCAGCAGGAGCCACUACAAUCACAAGAGAAGAUAAGGUAAAACAAGUGUUGGAAGAGAUAAUUGACAAAGUUCCAGAGCUAUUCAACAUUGCUGAGAUUAUGGCAAAGGUUGAGGAAAGGACUCCAUACAUCAUAGUUGCAUUCCAAGAAUGUGAACGAAUGAAUUUCCUCAUGGCUGAGCUGAAACGUUCCUUGAAAGAACUAGAUCUUGGGUUAAGGGGUGAACUGACCAUCACAGAAGAAAUGGAAGCCUUAGAAUCAUGCCUCUUUCUGGAUCAAGUACCACCCAACUGGACAAAACGGGCAUAUCCAUCUAUGCUGACCCUGGGACCCUGGUUUGCUGAUCUGAUGCUGCGACUAAAGGAAUUGGAAGCCUGGUCAUCAGACUUUAAUCUUCCAGCAACUAUAUGGCUAGCAGGAUUCUUCAAUCCUCAGUCUUUUUUGACAGCUAUUAAGCAAUCAACAGCCCGUAAGAAUGAGUGGCCAUUGGACAAAAUGUGUCUCCACUGUGAAGUGUCCAAGAAACAGAAAGAUGAAUUUAUGUCAGCUCCUCGUGAAGGAGCAUAUGUGCAUGGCUUGUUCAUGGAAGGUGCACGCUGGGACAUUCAGACUGGUUCUAUCAUGGAGUCUCGACUCAAAGAUUUGUUCCCAGUCAUGCCUGUGAUUUUCAUAAAAGCAAUUACACAAGACAAACAGGAUAUGCGGAAUAUGUAUGAGUGUCCUGUCUACAAAACACGUGUUCGAGGACCAACAUACAUCUGUACUUUCAAUCUUAAAACAAAAGAAAAAGCAGCUAAGUGGACAAUGGCUGGAGUAGCAAUUCUUCUACAGAUUUAGAUUCUAACUUGUUGAUCAUUAGUUGUUUCAUUCAGAAUUAUAGUCUUAGUACCUGUCAGUUGUUGUGAUCUAUUGCUGAAAUUAUUGUAUAUUAGUGUUACUCAAUAAUAGUCUCUAAAUAGUGUUGAAAUACUUGCAUUAUUUUUAUCAGAA